AACCAUUUGAAGCUUAGCGCUACUCCCGGGCGUUUAUCUGGUGAUGGUCUGGGUCUUUUAUAUAUCUCAAUAAAGAUGCCAAAGAGUAAGUCCAUUGAAGCACGUCCAAGAAAACGUAAACAAAGUCAAAGAAUUGAGGAACUUACCACUUCAGUUUCUGAGCAUCCUAAACGCGAAGUAAAUCACAUAUCACACCUGUCAGAUGGCUCACGCCACCCAAAACUCAGAAGCCGUGUUAGCCAUGAGCGAUCAUUCCUAACAGAUUUCCACAUUGUAAACAAAGUUCCAAAGUGGCUCAUUUUAUCUUUCAUAUAUUUGGGGGUCUUGAUUUUUUUGAUGAUGAUUGUCUUUCGCCAAGUAAUGGUAUGGUAUCAGGGAAAACAAGUUAUUACUCCACUUCAUCUGCCUAAAGUAGUAUCGGAUGCUUCAUCGCAUGAACGAUCUCAUAGUUUGUUUUGGGGAAGUUAUCGUCCCGGAAUUUAUUUUGGUAUGAAACAUAGAAGCCCCAAAUCUCUUUUGUUUGGAGUUAUGUGGACAGUCCAAGAUCCAGAAAAUUUUGUCUACCGCCACUCAUGUGAUCAAUUUGAUGGCGUUCUAAGUCAACCUUCAUAGCCUCCUGCUGCCAGGUUUUCCACUUCCGACUGGUGUUACACACUACUUUUGUCGACAAACAUAAAUGGCACACACCAUACACUUGUAAAUUCAUGUUGAAUCUAAACAUUUGAUUGUGUAGUUCAAGGUCAAAUUAUGAACUACAACUGGUUGGAACACGAUGGUCGUACUUUUGGAACACAGCAAAUAGUGGAUAUCCAUCAUAUUAUCACGAUAUCUUUUGUAAAACCGUCUUCUGACUUGAUGGGUGGUGACUGGACAGUAAGGAUUUCGGCAGUUGCGCGGAAUCGUACUUCUAUGGAAUAUCCAUUGUCGGUAAUUGUCUACUUUUAUUAUCCUGGUGAUAAAAAUGACUUCUUCAUCGAACCAGUCAUUUCGAAUAAGAAAAUUACUGGAUUGCAAGGUAGUUCAAUGGAGUUGAGUGAUUUUCAUGUUUUGUUUCAUCCUACUCCUCAUAAAUUACAGGAGAGUUCUCUCGUGGCUUAUAUACCUAGAGAAGAUACAAUUAAAGAGACAAUGUUAUCUGGUUUAGGAGUUAGAAGAGAUAAGAAUUUCUUGGCACUAACAGGUGUCACAAAGAAUCAUAAUAAAAAUCAACCUCCAAAUGCAUGGUUUUAUGAAAUAAGUACAAAACCCAAUGAAAAUAAUCAACCAAUUCUGGAUGUCGAAUUCCUUCGAUCACAAAGUCCAUUUGAAGGUUUUCAUGGGAAUAGUUUCUCUGAAGAGUUAUCUAAACAGUCUAUAAGUUUCCAUAAACGUUUUGUUGAAAGAUUCAGUGUUGAUUUAACGAAGUUUUCUAAUAGACAGGUCAACUUAUCUAAAAUUUCAGUCAGCAAUCUACUGGGUGGUAUUGGUUUCUUUUACGGCACAUCGUUAGUUCGUUCGGCUAAUAUUGGACCGGAACCAGUAUCUAAUUGGGCGUCUAGUUUAUUUACUGCCACUCCAUCUCGUCCCAACUUUCCGCGUGGAUUUUUAUGGGAUGAAGGAUUUCAUGGUUUGAUAUUGGCCCGAUGGGAUCCAAAUCUUGCAAUGGAAACAGUCGGUUCAUGGCUCGAUCUUAUGAAUGCUAAUGGUUGGAUUCCACGUGAACAGAUUUUAGGUUGGGAGGCCAGGUCAAAGGUUCCAUCCGAAUUUGUUGUUCAGUCCUCUGAUGUUGCCAAUCCACCAUCCUUGAUUUUAACUGUUGAAGCUUUGUUAGAUCGUUUGCCUCGACUAACUGUUGCUGAAGCUAAUGAAUUUCGUCGUUGGUCUUUGUUAAUUCUUCCAAGGCUACAUGUUUGGUAUCAAUGGUUCAAUACUACUCAGACUGGUCCUGUCCCUCUGUCAUAUCGCUGGCGCGGUCGCAAUCCAAAUGAAAUUCAUCAGCUGAACCCUCUUACAUUAAGUUCUGGAUUAGAUGAUUUCCCUCGUGCCUCUCAUCCAACUGAUGAUGAACGUCACAUUGAUUUACGUUGUUGGAUGACUUUGUUUGCUCGUGUAAUGGCAAGAUUGGCUUCUAUUGUUACACAAUUUAUGCAAGCAGAUCAAAAUGCAAAUGGUCGGUCAAAGCUAGAAGAGACUCGUUCAUUGAUUGCUGAAUAUACUCGUUGGGCUGAUCUAUUAUCAGAUGAGAAUGAACUGGAUAGACUUCAUUGGUCAGAAAAACAGGGCCGCUAUGCUGAUUACGGUCUGCACACAGACUUUGUUAGACUAGAGAUGCAUGAUAUACCUAAGGGAUCACAUGUUUCUGAUGAGCAGAUGAGAUUGGUACGAGUAACUGUGAAAACCCCAUCACUGCAGUUAGUGGACACCUCGUUUGGAUAUGUAAAUUUAUUCCCAUUUCUUUUGAAAGUUCUUUCUCCUACAUCACCACGACUUCCACGUUUGUUAGCUGACCUGAGUAAUAAGGAAUUGCUGUGGUCUGAGUUCGGCUUGCGUUCAAUCAAUCUUAAGUCUCCUUUUUAUCAUACACACAAUACCAAAGAUGACCCACCCUACUGGCGAGGUGCUAUAUGGAUAAAUAUAAAUUAUUUGGCCGUACAGUCACUACGUUAUUAUUCUCACCAUUCACGUACACCUGUACCUGUCGCUGCAGAAGCUAAACGGUUGGCUGAACAACUGACGCAAAAUUUAGCACGUACCGUAUUAGGUGGACUUGAACGAACAGGUCAUUUAUGGGAACAGUAUAACGAUCAGACUGGAAAUGGUCAACGUGGUCAUCCGUUUUCAGGAUGGACAAGUUUAAUUAGUUUAAUAAUUAGUGAUAGUUCUUGACUUGUUUGUACAUUGUUUUUAUCAUUUAUAUGCCGUGACUUAAUGUUGUAUAUCCUUUUCUUUUUUACGUAUUUUGUCUUUAUGUUGUUAUAUUUUUGAUCUGAU